UCUAAGCCCAAAGCUUCGCUCAGGCACAGCCCCGUUCCGGAGGUUGAGGGUGGACGCACUGCUCUGUCUCUGCCGUGUCCAUGCUGUUAUUGUCAUCUCCUCCCCUUAUCUGACUGAAGCGCAGAGCCCCGCCGGUCCAGUACGCUGUCAGAGGAGAGGGGGAUUUUCUCUUUUUUUUUUUUUUUCCUUUCUUCAUUCUUCUGAGUGGAGCCUGAGAGCUUUAUAUCGGCUUGUUUUGUUUACCUCACGAUGUCCUCCAAACACGCACAGUGACACGACUUUAACACCAAAUGUUGCUGCAGCCGGUGCGCUCUGCACACGCGUGGGUCAUGCGCUGCACCUGACAGGCUCUCUUCCAGACUUUUUUAAAGGAAAACUUAACAAGAAGAAGUUGAAACACCCGCGGACCCCUUCCAACGCGGACUGUUUUUACACCAAAACAAAUCUCUAUUUCUUUUUUUUUUAUCCGUUUAAAGCUGCACCACAAAGGCGAAACGGCGACCUCAGUAGAUUACCUUUCUUUCCUUUGCUAUCCCAUGGAUAUUCACUGCAAAGCAGACCCCUUCUCGGCGAUGCACCUAUCCCACGCAGGGCACGGCGGUGUGAACCAGCUCGGCGGGGUGUUUGUGAACGGCAGACCCCUCCCGGACGUGGUGCGGCAGCGGAUCGUGGAGUUGGCCCAUCAGGGCGUCCGGCCCUGCGACAUCUCCCGACAGCUACGGGUCAGUCACGGCUGUGUCAGCAAAAUCCUCGGCAGCUAUCAGAAGGCAUUUCAGAGGUACUACGAGACUGGCAGUAUUAAACCCGGAGUCAUCGGGGGCUCCAAACCAAAGGUCGCAACUCCAAAAGUGGUGGAUAAAAUCGCAGAGUACAAGCGCCAGAAUCCCACCAUGUUUGCGUGGGAGAUAAGGGACCGACUACUGGCUGAGGGGGUCUGCGACAACGACACAGUUCCCAGUGUUUCAUCCAUCAACAGGAUUAUCCGCACCAAAGUCCAGCAGCAAUUCCACCCAUCCCCUGAUGGAUCUGUCACGCCACUCUCCACACCCGGCCACACCAUAGUGCCCAGCACAGCCUCGCCUCCUGUGACCAGUGCCUCGAACAAUCCAGUAGGAUCCUACUCCAUCAACGGCAUUCUUGGUAUCCCUCGCUCCAACGGCGAGAAGAGGAAACGGGAUGAUGUUCUCUGGAGUGGCAACCACUUGGAUGGAAGGAAAAUAGGACAUUAUGGCUCAGAUGGCUCAGGCCCAGGCAGUGACUCACAGGGCAGUGUGGAAAGUUUAAGGAAGCACCUGCGAGCAGAUGCCUUCACCCAGCAACAGCUGGAGGCCCUGGAUCGUGUGUUUGAACGACCUUCUUACCCCGAUGUCUUCCCUACUUCAGAACACAUCAAACCAGAGCAGGCGAAUGAGUACUCCCUCCCGUCCCUGACUGCCAGCCUGGAAGAUGUGAAGCCCAGCCUCUCCACCAGUGCCAGCUCCGACCUCGCUUCCAGUGUCUCGCAGAGCUACUCUGUUGUGACAGGUCGAGACAUGGCGAGCACCACUUUACCUGGCUACCCACCACACGUACCCCCCACAGGACAAGGCAGCUACCCCACCUCCACACUUGCUGGCAUGGUUCCUGGAGGGGACUUUUCUGGAAACCCUUACUCUCAUCCCCAAUACACAACCUACAAUGAAGCUUGGAGGUUCAGUAAUCCAGCGUUACUGAGUUCCCCUUAUUAUUAUAGUGCCGCAUCCCGUGGCUCCGCACCGCCCACUGCUGCCACUGCCUACGACCGCCACUAGUCACGCCGGAGAGCAGCUCAAACUGCAGGGCCAGAGCUUCGGCCUCCACAUUGUCCCCGUCUGAGAAACACUGACACCCCUUCAUCUAAUCCGAUGUCGAGGAAGGAUACACGAGGCUGGAGCUGGCGCACCCAGCUCUAGCUUUACACAUUUUGGGACAGAGAUGGGAGAGGGAGGUGAGGGGCCUGAGGGAGUUUGAAGCCUGUAAAUCUCUCACAGGCCUGAACAUUUUCCGAAUGACUUCAACAGAUUCUAUAAAUAUAUAUAUUAUAAAAUAUAAAUUGAUGAAAAAACUGUGUAAAGAAUACCAUAUGGAAAAAUGUUUGUGGGAUUUAUAAUUUUGUUUUUUUGUUGCUGUUGUCGUUAUUUUAUUCAUGGAUCAUGACAUUCCUUUAUGUAAUAAACUGCAGUAUUUUUUUUUGUCUGCUCUGAAGAGACAAGUCCAGGAGAGAUUGAUGGUGGUCCCACAGUUUGAUAAUGUAGCAACUUACACCAGUGCUGCUUUUUACACCUAAAAAGAUGGUUGCUCCAUAUUUACUGUAAAAAAAAAAAUAAUUUUUUCUGGUGCUUUGACAAAAUUCAGCAUUCCCCCUUCUUCUCCCGUCCAUCCUGAGCAAUGAGCACGUCCUUCGAUGUUUACUGGUCCUGCGUACCGAGAGCAACAUCGCACCUGUGGCAAACAAUCAAAUGUAAAAAUGUAAAUCGUUUUGCAAAGUUCAAAAAGUGUGGUGACCAUGAAUUUAUAAGGGUCAUGUCAGGAUUUUAAAUACUUCAAAAAUGUGUUGUUUUUUUUUUGUCAAAGUUUUUAUGUAAAGAAACUCAUCAAAGAUUUUUUUGGAUUUUUUCCUAUCAUGUUCCUUUGCUCUUUUUUGCACUAACACCUCAGCUUUUUGACUCUUUUAGUCAUCUUUUUGUGGAACAUUUACUUACAAAUUUCAGUUUAAAAGCACAUGACUAAGUUAAACAGACACAUUUCAGGCCAGAGCUCCUUGGCUGAAUAAGGCCUCCCGAUUCAAUUACACAGGUAAAACUACACAAUGCCCACACAGCUUAGAAAUAUGAUGCAGUUGUGACAAAAAUUACCAGAAAUUAGCUUCAAUAAUUGCCUUACAAGCUUGUUUUGUCAACCUGAAAUCACAUCUGUUUAGUAGAAAUCACACAUAUUCACCUCUCCGGAGGGACUAAAAGGGUUCUGCAUCCGAUUGAGCAUUUGUUUUUUGUUUGACUGUUUGUUUUGGGGGAAAUAUUCUGUGAAUGUACUCCUCCUACCACAUUUGCCAAAGACUUAGUUUGAUAUUUAAUAUUUUAUUUACAGUAAGUUUAAUAUUUCAGUAUUAUCUUUUAAAUGAGUCAAGACUCAACGUGUACGCCGAGACAGCUGGACAUGAUGCAUACAAGGAAGGUGAAAUUCAGUGGCUUAAUAUUCCAACAGCUGCAAACUAAGUGCUGCUUUAUAGAAAGAUUUGUGAAUAAUGUGAAGACAAUUCGUCUCUGUAAAUAUAUAACGUCACAUACAAACACCACUGCAGUAUCGUACUAAUAUACCGUCUCCCUUUGUAGAUAAACAGACUAAAGCUGAUAUCAAAAAAAAGAAAAACAUGCAUUACAUUUGUGUCUCAGUGCAAUGUUUUGCUCUGAGGAAAGUAUAACCUAUGGCUAUAGCAGUGGCAGGUUUCAGAUUCUAACACCCACAUAGGUUGUCUUUGUUGUUUUUAUUUUUGUUUUUCUUUUGUUGUCAUGAUGGUGUUUUAUGUCACUAUGCAAUAAGUUGAAUGGCUUUCUGUUGCUGUUUUGUUGUCGGGCUCAGAAUAAUCGGUCCCCAUGGAGAACAGUAUAAGGGUUAACUAAAGGAUUCAAUAGACUUGUGGUGAGAAAUGAUUU